ACAAUGCAAUCUUCUGAGCAUGCGAAGUAGACCGAUCACAGCGACAAAGGAGGAGGUCGCCAUUUUAAGAAGUUAUACGUCGAUUAUAAUCCACUUCAAUCGUUUGAAAAAUAAUGUCUUAUCGAAAUAACGAUUGCAGAAUUUACGUCGGAAACUUACCACCCGAUAUACGUACUAAAGAUAUCGAAGACUUGUUUUAUAAAUUCGGUAAAAUUACUUUUAUCGAUUUGAAAAAUAGACGAGGCCCUCCCUUCGCUUUUGUAGAAUUCGAAGACCCCAGAGAUGCUGAAGAUGCUGUCCAUGCAAGAGAUGGUUAUGAUUAUGAUGGUUAUAAAUUAAGAGUAGAAUUUCCUAGAGGAAAUGCACCAGGUAGGGGAAUGGGUUCAAGGGGAAGAGGUAGAGGACCACCUGCUAGAAGAUCACAAUACAGAGUAUUAGUUUCAGGUUUGCCACCAACUGGUAGUUGGCAAGAUUUAAAAGAUCAUAUGAGAGAAGCUGGUGAUGUUUGCUAUGCUGAUGUUUAUAAAGAUGGUACAGGUGUCGUAGAAUUCCAGAGAUAUGAAGAUAUGAAAUACGCAGUUAAGAAGUUAGAUGAUUCAAGAUUCAGAUCUCAUGAAGGUGAGGUAUCCUAUGUCAGAGUAAGAGAAGAUUAUAAUGGUCGUUCCAGAUCCAGAAGUAGAAGUUAUUCUCCUAGACGAACUCGAGGCUCGCCUACUUAUUCUCCUGCUCUUCGCUCACGAUCUGGAUCUCGUUCGCGUUCUCCUUCAAGUUGAAAUUGUGGAGAGGAAAGCUGGACUCAUACUGGAAUCGUGGAGGUGAUAGUGUGAACAGGUUUUAGGACUUAAAAUGAAUCUUGAAAUCUUUAAGCAUGAAGCAUUUGGUGUCAUUUAAUUUCAUAUCAUUGUGAAUUGUAAUGCAUUAAAAUCAUAAGCAUAUGUGUAUGAAUAAUUGAUAUUUACCGUAACUAUUGUAGUCAUGAUUUAAAAUUUUAUUGCUUGAAUUUAAUGUGAUGUAAGGAAGGAAUGCACCUACUAAUUUCUAUUAUUAGUAGGUUGUAAAAAAUUAAAAUUAGGUAACAUGUAUAAUGUAGUUUUUUGACACCUUAAAUGAGUAUAAUUGUUUGUAAGCUAAAGAAUUGCAAAAUAUCUUUGAAACAUCUGUCAUAUUUUUAUAUGUUAAAAUUUUUUGUAUUAGUGUUAUUUCAUGUUCUAAUACUUAUACUUGUACCUGUCUUUAGACUAUGUAUGGAAACUCCCUGGAUUGCCACCUCGCAUGGCUAUACAGUGAGGAAUAAAGGAUUAUAUAUUGGAGGAUUGGAUCUGCCCUGGAUCAGUAGGGAAAUGGAUACAUGGAUGUGCAUGAAAUAAGGAUGGAUAGGAAGGAUAUAAACACUUAAAUCGAGGAUUAACGGAACAGAACUAAUCAUAAGUGGAACAUUACACACUUGCCACAUUCGGAAGUGUUAGUUGAUAAACACAUAAAGGGGAGUCACUACCUGGAAUAUAUAUGGGCAGUAUUGGAUGGAUCACAACAGCUUUCAUUCCUACUUUGCAAUAGGAGAAGUCAGGGAAAAGAAAUGGGAAUACACAAAGGAGUAGGACUUGAAAUAAAUGACUUUUUUCAUGUGGGAUUUGCACACAGGAGGAUUCUCAGGAGAUACUCUGGAUCGAGGGAUUGGGAGAAAGCAUGGAUGCGCCGUGGGACAGAGGGUAUGAGUUUCAAUAACCAUUUUUUUGCCCAUAUACAUUCAUUUUAAACAUAUUUGCUCUCACCAGUAAUUGGACAUUACAGUUUUACACAUUUUUAAAUCUUAAUAUUGUAUUUAAGAGGGCUAAAUUUUAAGUAACUAAUCUUCACUGUUACAUAAUUUUUGAACGUCUUAAUAUUAAAUUCUUUAAGAAUUUAACACAUAUGGGGAUGAAAUUUAAUUGAUCAGUUCCCUUAUCCUAUGGUUGAGAGCUUAAUAUUUUGACUAUUAAAACCAGUUUUAAAUUAAUAGAAAUUUGAGAUUAGCUUAUCCAUUUACUAAUCAAUUGUUUAUAUUUACAUUCUGUUUAAACAAAACCAUCUAUUGAUUUGCUUAAAGUUGAUACUUAAAUUCUUAAUUUGUAGUAAAACAUUGUGAGGAUCAAGUUGAGGAUCUUUGAAGUUACAUUUUCAAGACUUCAAACUUUAUUAGGAGAUUCCUCGUAAUAUAGGAUGGUGGCAAGAAGAUAGGAUUACAAAAACUGGAUUACAAAAAGUAGCCAUAGUUUUAGCAUCAAUUUAGAAAUCUAUAUGCUAUUUUAAAUUAUCUGAAUCACAAUCAUUUUCCAUUUAAUUUUUUUUCUCAAUUUAUUUAUUUAAAAUUUUAUACUUUAGAAUAUUUUUUUCUCUUAAGUGUGACAUUUAUGAAAGUUACUUUGAAUGAAUUAUGAAAUAAUAAUUUUGUGUUUUGGCUACCUCAGAUGAUGUGAAUGGUGGUAAGUAAAUAAGGUAAGCUUAUAUAAAAUUUUAGGAAAUUGUUAUUUAGAAAGAGUUGUUCAUUUUUCUUAUCCUAAUAAAAUCUUUAUUGAUCUUUUAAUUAAACAGGAAUACCAACAAGUUUAGAAGUUAUAUAGAACAUAAUAAUAAAUGCUUGUUUUAUAACAAAAUAUAUGAAUUUGGGAUACGAAAAAUGAAUACUUUUUUUUUGUUCUUAAUGAUCCAGUUCUUAAUCUAUGAGUAUACAAUGGGAUGAAAUUUUAUGUUAAAUUGUGAGAUAUUGCAUUUAAUGAAAGUUGCAGGUGUAUAGUUUGAUUUAUUGAAUUUGAUGUAUUAUGUAUGAUUUCUGUUCUACUACUACUAUUAUUACUCAGUAGUAGUAGUAGAACAUUUCAAUUUUGAAGUAUAUUUAAAUAUUUAGUUGAUUUAUUGGUAGAGCUGGUCAAUACAAACAUUUUUUCACUGUAUACAACCAUUUUCAUUAAUAUGCUUAAAUAUGUGAAAACCAAGUUAUAAUUGUGGAAACUAUUAAAUUAGGAAUACAUAUAUAUUGAUUAAAUAGGUAUCAUUACCUUGUUAACGUUUUAAGUAUAGUACAAAGCUGAUAGAAAAACCUACUAUUAUGAUAUUGUUUGUGAAAGAAAAUUAAUUUUACAAUUUAUAUAUACAAAAUAUUUUUGGCAUUGCAUCAUAUUAAAACCAUUAAAAUUGUACAGAAAAUAAAAUUUACAGUUAAAUAAGAUUUCAAAUACUAAUUAACAGGUCAAAAUUACAUUCAAAAAAUUUCUUACUAAUCAAAAUGAUUGAUGCAUAAAAAAAUAAUACUUGUAAUAUGCAUCUCAGUGAUAUCUUAGCUGUAAAAAAUUUACUUUAUAAAUAGCUAUCAUUCUGAAACAUUUAAAACUGCAACAAAAUAUUACUUUUUUUCUUUAUGAAUUAAAAAGUAUUCAUUAGUUUGUAAAUAAUGUUACGUGUGUUUUGAUGCUGGUGAUAAAUUUUAAUAAUUAUACAUUAGUUAGCGCAUGCUUUUCCUUAGUGUUAAGUGAGUUAUCAGUGGGGACACUAAAUAGGGUGAGUAUAAUAUUAUCUAACUAAAUUUUGUUUGAGAAAAUUAGUUUUAGAUAAAUCUUUGAUAUUCAGUAGUAAGGUUUCUUAACAUAAAAAUGCUUUACCAGUACUAAUAAUAUAUCCUUAAGGGGUUAAUUAAUUAUCAGCAUUUUCUCACAAAAAAUUUAAGAAAAUUUAUAUAAAAAACAUGGUAGUUUUAAGAUAAUUUUAUAUACAAUGUUUAGAUCCAUUCUAAACAUAAAUAUUCUUUCAUUUGAAGAAAUGUUAAUUUUAAAGUAGAAAUAAACCCCUUAAGUACUCCUAGAGACUCUCCUAAAAAUGUUUGUGUUAUGGUCAAGAUGAACCUGAUAGUUUACUCAAUGUAAUGUUUUAAUUGAAUUAAUAAUGAUCUAGCAUUUAUUCAUUAUUAAAAUUAUUGUGUGAAGGUAUUUUUUCAAAACUAUAUUAAAUCUAGAAUUUUAAUUUUUAAAGACCAAUGCUUAAAUCAAAUGAGAGAGUUUUGUCCAUUUUGUGAAAAAGAAACUUGUACUAUACAUUCUUUUCAGACAUAUUCAAGUUAAUUGUAUUAGCAAAUACAGUAUAACACAACACAGUAUAAGUGACAACUUUCAAUUUUAUUAUAGAAAAUUUAACAAUGCUUUUCAGACUUCUUUUAGUGUACAGAAGAUUAAUUUUGAUCAAAUGACUGUGAUUUGAUCUGUUUGAGAACAGUUUUAACAUGACAUAUGAAACUUGAUUUUAAUUCAUUGUCAAUCAUCAAAAUGCGUACAGAAAAUCGGAUGUUGAAUUAAUUGAUCCCUAAAAUAAUCUAGUAGAUGAUUAGACAUCAAUCGAUUGAAUUUAUGAUCAUACUUCCGCCGAAUUGAUUGGUGGUUUUAAAUGUGGCUGAAAGCUUUUGUUAGAUAUGGGAUUUCAUAUUAUAAUUAAAUACAAAACUAAGGAGGUGAGGGGUUUUUCAUAUGGAAUGUGUUUUUACUAAUUUUACAUACGCAAACAAAAUGUUAAGUGGAAUAUGUAAUCUCUUUGUGAUAGUUCACAUACAUCUGUUGUAUCUGAGAACUAUGAAUUGUUUUCAUUUCAAUAAUGAAAGUUCUGAGCAUUAACAGCAAAAUGUUUCAAAAUUUUCUACCUGAUUCCGAAGAGAGUAAUUUUAUGCUGUUAUGCGCAUGGCCCACUUUUGAAACACGUAGACAUGGAAUAUUCAGUUCAUUAGUUUGAAUUCUGAAAAGUUUAAUCUUGCUCAUCGUAACAAAAUGUAAGUGUGAAAAAUUGAAUAAUAAAUCCAGAAAGGAGCAUAAAUCUAUUUAACAUUAUUUACAAUCCAGAUUUUUGCUAAAUUAAUCGUUAGUCUAACAUACACAGAGUCCAGAAGUUAGAAAGCGUGUAAUUAGUAAUAUGUUUACACGAAUUUUCAUAUCUCGUUCAAUAAUUAUCCUUUAUUGAUUUAUGAUAAAGUACAAAUCACGUAUAUAAUAUUGUUUGAUAUAAUUGACUUUCUAAUCUACUUUUGUCUGUUAGCACUUUUAAAUCGGUGCCAAUAGGUGCGAAAUUGAUUGAUUUGAUGAUAACGUUCGUGUAAAUGGAUUUUAUAAUUAUUCUAUGGUUACAACCGCCACGUUUAGACUCAAUCAAAAGUGUUAGAUGGCGAAUUAUUGAUGUUUAAUAUCGAUAGGUUGCUGAUACUACAUAACUCCUUUUCGAUUGAUUGUUUCAGAUUCGAACCGAAAUUUAAAGCAAUUACUAACGAAUUCGUAAAUAGCAAUACUGCAAAGACGUUUUUUAGGUAGUAUUGGUAACAAAUUUCGUAAUUAAAUAUGGUAGAAUAUAAAUUUAGUCGCCAAGUGCGCGAUUUUUUUAGCAAUGGAAUUUAACCUGGAAGAUUGAUAACGUACCAUACACUUACAGGGGGAUUUGUAAACAAAAAAAUAUUGAUUUUAUUCGUAUACAAAGGACAAACAUUUGUUUAGUGCUUCCGCGUGCCAAAUAGUUGACGAAUGUGAAAUGAAUGAUAAUCGCGGUAUAAAUUUAGAGAAUCUCAAGUUUUAAUUUGGUUUUUCAUCAAAUUUCAUCCCGUAAGUAUACUUAACUUUUUAAAAUAAUGAUGUUUGUUUUACAGCGACGUGAAUGUUAAUUAAGGAACUCGGGGAUUUAAUACGUGAUUAUUUUCUCUAUGAAGAUUCAAAUUAAUGCGACUGUUCUUAUAAAUGAAAUCGAAGUCGGCAUUUUAAAUUUAUACUUGAGAAAGGGUGAACUAUUAAAUAUUUGGAGGUUAACAUUCUAAUCUUCAAAGCAAAAUCAACGCUUCCCUCAAAUAAUUCAGUUAAAGAAUUGAAUAGCUCUCUCGUUUCGAGAGAAACGUUUUCAUUUUAGCAACGUUAAAUUGGUUUCGAAGAGCGCCGCUUUAUUGGACGUUAAAAGAGUAACAACACGAGUGAAAACUGAAUGGCACUUGUCCGCGAUAAGAACGUAAGUUAUAUAAUAAACACCGAAGCAAUAAUAGUAUUUCACUUAACGCGUAGUGUACUCAUUUUUAACAUUAAUUUUAUUAAUGUGCACCGCGCCAGGUUUUGGCAGUUAAAAUAACGUUUACUUUAGAAAAUUUAAAGUCUCCUGCGGUU